CUCGCAGAAAAGGCCGCAAAGCAGCCUCCAAGGGCACCACAACAUCGGGAUCGACGGACACUCCCAAUGGCUCCGUAACCGGCAGUAAGCCAGGCAGCUCCGUGAACACCCCCCUCACGAGCGUGUCCGCCUCCGGCAGCCAGGAGGACCUCACGAGCAUGGCGAAGCUACAGAUCGCCACGGAUAGGUGCGUGCUCGGUGCGGAUUGCACGGAUGGCGGAGGAUCGCUUACGGUGCCAUGCUCGGGCGACGACCUGCAGGAGUGCGGCGGGCGUGCUGGGUGCGGAGGUGUCGCUGAACUACGGGCAACGGUACGGUCUGCUGGGAGAGAACGGCUCUGGAAAGGUGCUCGACAUUUUGCAAUCCAUCGCCGAGCGGGAUAUCGAAAUCCCGGAGCACAUCGACAUCUACCUCGUCAGCGGCGAGGCAGACCCUCCGACAUCAACGCGUGGACUACAUCGUCGCCUCCGCGAGAGAAAAGGUGCCAAGCUCGAGCAGCGGAUUGAGGAUCUGUCCGUCGCAGAUGAGGUCGACGACGUCGCGCUCGAGAUGGCGUACGAGGAGCUCGAGGAGAUGGACCCGAGCACGUUCGAGGCGAAGGCCUCCAGCAUCCUGCACGGUCUCGGCUUCAGCCAGCAGAUGAUGGCGCGGCCGACGAAGGACAUGUCCGGUGGUUGGCGGAUGCGUCCGCACCUGCUGCUUCUCGACGAGCCCACGAACCACCUUGAUCUUGAGGCGGUCGUCUGGCUCGAGGCGUACCUGUCGAUGUACAACCACAUUCUGGUGAUCACGUCGCACUCACAGGAUUUCAUGGACACGGUAUGCACGAACAUCAUGGACCUGACGACGAAGAAGACGCUCGUGUACUACGGCGGUAACUACUCGACGUACGUGCGGACGAAGCAGGAGAACGAGCAGCAGGAGGAAAUUGCACACAUCAAAAAGUUCAUUGCCUCUGCGGGAACGUACGCCAACUUGGUCAAGCAAGCCAAGUCAAAGCAGAAAAUCAUUGACAAGAUGGAGGCGGCUGGGCUGAUUGAGAAGAUAGAGGUACCGAGACCGCUCCGCUUCCACUUCGAGGAUGUCUCGAAGCUGCCCCCGCCCAUCCUCGCAUUCAACGACGUCGCCUUCUCCAUGGAGUCCCGCGUUGCGAUCGUGGGACAGAACGGUACGGGCAAGUCGACGCUGCUCAACCUGAUCACCAGCUCGCUCCAGCCGACCUCGGGCACGGUCUCGCGGCAUGUGAACCUCAAGCUCGCCAAGUAUUCACAGCACUCUGCGGACCAACUGCCGUACAACAAGGCGCCGAUCGAGCACUUCCAGUCGCUUUACGCCGAGAAGUACCCGGAUAAGGACUUGCAGGCUUGGCGCGCUCAGCUCGGUCGGUUUGGUCUGUCAGGCGCACACCAGACCUCGCCGAUCAAGCAGCUUUCGGACGGUCUCCGGAAUCGUGUUGUCUUCGCGCAGCUGGCCAUGGAGCAUCCGCACAUAUUGCUGCUCGAUGAGCCGACGAAUCACUUGGACAUGGCCUCGAUCGACGCGCUGGCACUUGCGAUCAAAGAUUACGAGGGAGGUGUGGUGAUCGUAUCGCACGACUUCCGUCUUAUCUCUCAAGUCGCCGAAGAGCUUUGGGAGGUGAAGGAUCGCAAGAUCAAGAACCUCACCAAGGAAGGCCUUACCAUCGUCGACUACAAGAACCUUCUCGUGAAAGCCAGUUACUCCGCACUGGAGAAGGCGAAGUUGUUCAGCAAGACGACUCAGAAGACGAAGGCGUAGAGCGUCUCGCCCGGCCUGCCGGCAUCGUCCCCGUCGCUCUCGCCGCCUGACCUUAGACAGUCAUUGACGACACGCAUACGCAUACGCAUGCAUAUUUGUAGCCGCAACUUGUGCCAACAAUCACGAUUAGUAGUAAUCUGUCCACAGUGGUUCAUUCGCCUUAUACCACAUUGUCUCUUUGAUUUCUUGUUUCGUUACACAUCUUCCCCCGCUGUAUCAGUCAGUACAAUCAUGUAGUAGACGAGCGAUGGCAUUCACAAUGUAUACGCAGCACCCAAGAUGCAGCAUGCCAAGUAAAAAU